UGCUCCCCAGGCCUCUGGCAGGAGGGUGGAAGCCCUCGGGUGAGGGCAAGGGGACAAAUGGCAUUCCCAGUCUACAGCCAUGGGUGUGCCCACGUGCUGGGUGUGGUAGAAACCCAAGCCUCUGAGGCCUGGAACAUCUACAGUGCCCUUCCUGCACCUGUUCAUCUGGAGCCUCACAUGGGAGCCAGGGACCAGGAAGCAGAGGACAGAAAGGAGAACUAGGCAAGAGGACAUUGUACCAUCUAGAAGGAGACAGUUCCUUCUCCCCUCUUGGCCCUGGUGUGGGUGCAGGUGACAGCUGAGCUGGAGAAAUGAUCCCCAGGGUAAUAAGUUUAUGGCUGCCUUCAGCUUUGCUCCUCUCUCGGGUCCCAGGCUGUGUCCCUCUGUGUGGCCCCACCUCUGUGACAGCCAUUGUGGGGGAAACCCUGAACGUGCCUUGUCAGUAUGAGGAGAAAUUCAAGACUAACUUUAAAUACUGGUGCAGAGUGUUAUUUGUACUACAGUGUAAAGAUAUUGUCAAGACUAGAGGCUCAGAAGAAGCUAGGAAUGGCCACGUGACUAUCAGGGACCAUCCAGACAACAUCACGUUCACAGUGAUUUUGGAGAGCCUCAUCCUAGAAGACACAGGAACCAUUUGCUGCUGGAAGAAACUCGGAGAAUCCCUCCAAGGUUUCCCCUCUGCAGGCUGCUGUACUGCUCAGGAGGUCACAGGUCCAGUGGAGGUGAGAGGUCAGGAGCAGGGCUCCUUGACAGUGCAGUGCCGAUAUAACCCACACUGGAAGUAUUACAAUAAAUUCUGGUGCCGAGGAUCUCAUUGGAAUACAUGUAAUUUUCUCAUUGGAACCAAUAUAUCAGAACAGUUGGUGAAGAAGAACCGUGUGUCCAUCUGGGAUAACCAGACAGACUUAAUCUUCACAGUGACCAUGGAGGAUCUGAGGAUGAGAGAUGCUGGCAUUUACUGGUGUGGAAUUAUGAGAGCUGGAUAUGAUCCCAUGUUUAAAGUUAAUGUGAACAUUGAGCCAGCUCCAGAAAGUUCAACUAUGACCACCGUAGCCACAGUUCUGACAUCCACACCACCAACCAUGGAGGACACUGGCCAGGAACACGUGACUCAGGGCAGCCCCCACACCAGGUCCCUGCUGAGCAGCAUCUACUUCCUGCUGAUGGCCUUUGUGGAGUUACCCCUGCUCCUGAGCAUGCUCAGUGCUGUCCUCUGGGUGAACAGGCCUCAGAGAUGCUUUGGGGGAGGUGACAUUGGCCUGGUGAAGACCCAUGGUUCUGAUGCCCAGGACAGAGAGAACGACUUCCCAGGAGACGGAAGUCAUAAGAACUGUCUGAUGUUUCCAUCCUUAGCUACAAUCACAGGUCCGAGCCCUGGGAAUGGUACAGAUAUCCUGGAGUAUCCCACAUCCUCACCUGUGCACACUUGGCCCAGUGUGACCACAGAUGACACAAUUCCUGAUCCCAACCCACAGCCUCGGUCUCUUCUGAGCAGCCUCUACUUCUGGGUCCUGGUGUUUCUGGAGUUGCCCCUGUUCCUGAGCAUGCUUGGUGCCGACCUCUGGGUGAACAGGCCUCAGAGGUGCUCUGGGGGAAGCAACACUCGGCCCUGUUAUGAGAAUCAGUGACAUCUGUUGACAUCGAGGCCCUGUCCCUGGAAACAGCUCAUCUGGUAGCUGAUGAGAACCAGUAUAUCUGUGUUU